UAUUACGUGAGCUGUGAUUGGUCACAGCUUGUCACAUGGUACAAGGCUGUUGUGAAUAGCCUUGUACCAUGUGACCUCUGUGAUCAUUCACAGAUUUCACACGUAGUAAGCAAUGAUGUCACAAGUGACAUCCUACUUACUAUUUUGCAUGUGAUCACUGAUUGGCCAUGAAUGGGGGGAGGGAGGGGGGAGCUGAUCGAGGGAGAGAAAACUGUAUUCUCCCUCUGCAGCUUGGCGGCGAACUGUCACAGAGCAGGCUGUGUGUAAACAAUGCAGCCCUGCUCUGUGUCAG